UGCAGAUCCGAGCCUCACAGACACUCUCAGAAAAGGAAAAGAGAGUAGCGAGAAGCGACGUGGUGGUGGUAAAUUUCUUCUGAGAAAGCACACUCCAAGCAGCCACUGGUUCCCAGCCUCGCUCCCUUUACUUUGUGGAAACAGCGCAAGACAGAAACAAAGAUAAUAGGGGACGCUUGCUUUAAAAAAAAAAAAAAAACCUGUAUAGCCACUUUUCUUUAGUUUUAGUAAGUUUGCCUGCAAGUUUAAGCACGUUUUGUCAGCAGAACUGGCACUAAUUAUUGAGCUAAUUUGCAUUUCUGCAUUACCACAGCACUGACGAAAACUGAGCUUCCCUGAAUUUGACACGGGCAAAGUUUAUGACACACAGGGUCUGUUCGACUGUCAAGCGGAGCAAGCCACAUUUUGCAACUGUUUGUUUUAAUUCGCUUUUAAACGUUUUAACACCGAUUUUAUUUUAUUUUUGGGUUUGUUUCUCUCAAGAGACAAUUAAAUAUCCUGAAUAGAAAAGUUUUAAAAGAGGCAUACGGUUUGCAGAGGAAGCGAAAUUAAGCUUCGGGGUGGCAGACUCUUCUUGUGGAACGGAGCUACCAGACGUUUUGCUUGGGGGUCUCAGCAGGCUGUUUUUUGUGGAGUUUCCCCCCUCCUGAUCGUAUUGAUAUUGUUCACCCGUGGUUAAAGGAAGAUGGAUUGGAAGUCUCUGGGAUCCGCGCUGUUUUUCCCCAUUCAGAUGGUGUACUUUCUUUUGAAAGCCGCCGUAUGCUUGUUUUUCCCGAGCAGACUGAGAGAUAUGAGCGGGGACGUGGUGCUGAUCACCGGCGGGGGAAGAGGCAUCGGUCGGCACCUGGCAAGAGAGUUCGCGAAGCAGGGAGCAAAGAAGCUGAUCCUGUGGGGCCGCACAGAGAAGUGUCUGAAGGAAACCUGCGAGGAGAUCAAGCUCAUGGGAACCGAGUGCCACUACUUUCUGUGUGAUGUGGGCAACCGGGAGGAAGUGUACCAGCAGGCCAAGGUGGUACGAGAGAGGGUGGGUGAUGUCACCAUCCUGGUGAACAAUGCUGCAGUGGUUCAUGGGAAGUCUCUAAUGGACAGCGAUGACGACGCCCUCUUAAAAUCUCAGCAUAUCAACACGCUCGGACAGUUCUGGACCACCAAAGCGUUCCUGCCGCGAAUGCUGGAGCUGCAGAACGGCCACGUGGUGUGUAUCAACUCGGUGUUGUCUCAGUCCUCGAUCCCGGGAGCCAUUGAUUACUGCACCUCCAAGGCCUCCUCCUUUGCCUUCAUGGAGAGCCUGACCCUGGGGCUGCUGGACUGCCCUGGCGUGGGCACCACCACCGUGCUGCCCUUCCACACCAACACAGAGAUGUUCCAAGGAAUGAGAGUCAGGUUCCCUAACCUGUUCCCUCCUCUGAAACCGGAGACAGUGGCCAGGCGGACAGUGGAAGCUGUCCAAAAAAACACAGCCUUGCUCUACCUGCCCUGGACAAUGCACGCGCUCGUCAUCCUCAAAAGCUUCAUGCCACAGCAAGCACUUGAAGAAAUCCACAAGUUCUCGGGAAGCUACACAUGCAUGAACACCUUUAAAGGACGGACAUAGAAGAUUAAGCCAGACAGACCGACAGACAAUCAGAUAAAUGCUGAAAAAUCUGACAUUACAAUGUGUGCUCUGCCUUAAAUCAAGCUAGCUGAACGCCCCUGGAAACGGCGGACAUCUUGGAUGUUACUGAACAGCAGAACAUAAGAAAUGUUGCGAACAAGGAGAGGCUGUUCGGCCUACCAUGGUUUGUUCCUUGCUAGCACACAUUCAGCCCCAGAGUACAAUCACAUAUUUUUUUAUUAUUAUUCUCUGGGUUUUAUUCGUGCUGCGUAACUUCUGUUUUGAGAUUGAUUUUCCUCAACUUCCAUUUGUACCCUCAAGUCCUGCUAUUUUGCUCAAAAAGUAACAUACUGAACAUUUAACCCGAUGGGUUAACUUUUGGGGGGAAAACAAAACACUUCCAGGUCAUCUCCAUGGAAACCAAUAUCUGACUGAACUGCUUCCCUCAGCCACCAUUUGCAUAGGUAUAAUAUUGGACUUUAGUGAGAACAAUUGUGUUUAAGGGUUUUUUUAUUCCUUUAAAAUUUGCUGUAAUUUGUUUCUUUAGGCAUGGUGUUGCCAUGGUUUUCAGUUACAUACAUCAUAUAUAUGUUUGAAAUUAACUACAACAGUUAAUUUAAUCAUUUUAUGUAUAUUAAAUAAUAAUAAUAAUAAUAAAAAUGGUUUAAAAUAAAAAAUAUCUUGCCUGUUGAAGUUCCCAAGUUUCAUGAAACAUGAAGCAAACACAGUCCACUUGUACCCUAAUAGCCAUUUGAGAAUACAAAAACAUUUGAGUUACAAACAAUAAGAAGUUUAUGGGAGCUAAUGGUUGAAUUUGGCAAACUCACAAGCAUUAACAAGUUCUGUUGACAUUCCCUCAGCCAAAAAACUCCAGUCCCCCCUUAGCUAAGCGUGCUGAGGUUUUGGUAAAGACCAUUAAUUAGCCACUUCAGCUGCAGAAUGGGAAUAAUCAAAUUAGGUAUUGAAAACAAAAGCUGAAGUCGGCUUUAUUAUGCCUCUGCUGUGUUUCUGCCAAUUCAGAGAAAAGACGAGGCGCCACGAACUCAUAAAGUCUUGUUUAGAUAAAAGAUUAUAGACAGCUGUGCCUCUGCUGUUCCAAUAACUAAGUCAUUAUUUGGCAAUGAAGAGGCCAAGCGAAAUGGUUAGAAAAAAGAAAACAAAAGUGGUGGAUUGUGUGCAGAUGAAAGGUAAGGUACAAUGGAACUAGCUGCAGUCAGACACAGAGCUGGCAUGCAGGCUCCAUUUCCACAGCCCAGUGUUGCCGUUCUCUGGUUCCGCACCAUGUUUUUUUUUAAAUAUAUAGACUGCCCAAUUACUGUACCCCCAUUGUUUUUUUUCUCCAAUCUAGAAUGUCCAAUUACGUUCCCUCACCGCAGCAAUUCCUCACACAGCUCAGGAGAAUUGAAGGUUCAGUGGGGCACCUUCCGAUCCCACGACCGUCAGUUUCCUCUUCUAUACCCAGGAACUCGAGAGCAGAUGUCAGCAAGCUACCGGCCUCUGGAGGACAAAGGCCAGCCCUGCAGGUGUCCGCCUAAUCUCAACAGGCACCUGGCCAGCAAGCUCCGCUGCAGCGCAGUGAGAAGAAACAGUUCCUGAUGGUUUUGCCUCCCUAAGCCAAUAAAAUGCUCCCUGUGGAAUCCCCAGUGAAGCCUGGCAUCUUCGCACAGCCAGGGUGCUCCCCUGACUCUGACUCUCUGCACACCACUUUUAUGCGUAAAAGAAAAUCUGACAGGACAACUCUGUUAAUCGAGUGAAAACAACGAAGAUAAACUACGCAACUGCAAGAAUGAAAUGUAAUUAGGAAGUGAUGAGCAAUUAAUAUAAUUUGUCACGUCUGUUUAAAUACAAAUUAAGCAAAACAGAAUCAGGCUCAGUCAAGACAUAAAGGUAAAAACAAGUGACAUUGUUUUGUAAUUAACAGCUUUUUCUGAGUUUAAUUAGGAAAAAGAAAAGGCUCAAAAUAAGACAUGAAAACUUCAAGACCUAAAUAUAAUUAUAUACAUUAUAUAUUUAUAUUGAGUUUGAAAUAAAGUUGUGCAGUGACUUACACUGUAAUUAUGUUCAAAGUACUGUUGACUGCUCUGUUUUUUAAUUAAUUCUCUCCAUUUUUGUGUUUAUAUUUUUAUUACAUGUAUUUGUGCAGAUUUUGUCAAAGUAUCACCAAAUUUAUCAGAUUAAAAAUUAUAUGUUUGUGCUCCCCUCUUGAAAAAAAAAAUAAAAAAUAAUUAAAUCGGA